AAAAAAAGAUAACAAUGUCGUUUCAAAGUUCGUGUCGGCCAGGUAAAAUUGCGUCGCAGAAAUCGCACACGAGCGGGAGGAAGGGAGGAAUGUCUCGGCUAAUUACGCGACGAAAAUUCCUCAACGAUGCCAUCACCCUCCGCCCGAUCGCGAAUUUUUAUUCGUUAGAUAGCAGGCGGCGCGCGCCGCUACUGAUCGAGGGAUUCUGUUUGGUUUCUUGGUGAAGAUCGCACGAGUCAUCGGCCUGGUAUCUGCCAAUGGUGGUGGAGGCGGUGAGCAGGUUAAACCAGGAUUGGCCAAGCAAAAUAUAGCGAGACUCGGAGCACUGUGCUCCGAUUGGUGGAAAACAAGCGGAGCCACGUGUCCCGGACCCCUCCGUCACGGGCCGAUAAAUCUCGGGUCGAGAUUUUCAGUUAGCCACCAACGCGUCCGACAAUUUGAAAAUUAUUCGCGUUCAGAGUGCUUUCCUUAAAUCAUCGCGCACUUGAAGAGAUUAAUUCGAGGAUCCCGAGUCUGUUGACGAUCUCAACUGCAAUAAACGUGCAAUAACCGUUAUUCGGCGUUAAUCUUUCUCUUUAACGUGUCGACGAGAAGAGAGCAGUAAUUCAAGAAUUGCAUCUACCAAUCGUCAAGAAAUGGCGAUUCCAUUCGCUCUGCCUUCCGACGACGAAGCGGAAACUCAGACACAGCAGCUGGAGCAAUUGAUGCUCGAUCUAUACGCUGCUCUGCAACAGGUACUUCGAAGCAGGACAGCACAGCAUCCGUCAUCACGAAAUCAUCGGUUGCCACGACGAAGCGGUGACGACCGACAACUGGUGGUCCUGGUGGACUCUGAUCUGUCCCGAUUGCCGCUGCCCGAUCUUGUGCUGUCCGCCGUGGAACAACUUCCGCCUCCGACGCCCCAGGUGACGGUGUCCGCGCCCAGCAGCCCAACAAGGGACGCGGCAUUCCAGUUCCCAGAGUGCAGCGGGGACGAGAACGGUGCAGCACCGGUGCCAAGCCCAAGGCCACGACCGCGAAGACGCAGGCUCGCCUCGGAGGGUGGUGGCGCUACUAUGAAGAAAGGGCCUGCCACCGACCGAAUCUGCAAGAAAUGCUGCGGCCACUUGGGACAGGCCUUCAACGAGAGCCAGUGGGCGAGCGUAGGCGCCAACCUCAGGAACAUCGCCGACGACUUUCAUGCGUCACAGACCAAGGCCGCCGAGAUCGAAAAGUCCCGACUGCCCGCGAUGAACCCGAGCUUCGCAGAUUCCAACAACACGAGCGGCUCGACCGACAGUAUCCUGUCGCUGUUGAUUCCAGCCCCCCUCCGCGAGACUCUGUGGACGACAGUGGCCUUGUACCUCGGAUGGAGGCUGGUGUCUCGUCUUCGAUAGACGCGACGGUAUCGUCGUGUCGUCGAUGCCACGACGAUCGACCACGAUGCCUCGAGAACGUUAAGAAUCAUCAUCACAUCCGACGCUUGGAACCGACGCAACAGGGACGGCCAGUUAGGCGAGCCGUCACUUGGUAAACCAGCGACUGGCCUUCCUUGGCCCUUUGCACGCCGCACGAACCAACGGACGCCGCGCCCGUCCGCGCACAACGUUUCCACGCUUGUAAACCAGCAGACA